GAAAAAUAUAAACUCACUUUACUGAUGAUGUUCUACGCUAAUAUUUGGAGAAGUAUUGGCACAGAACUUUUGUCGAACUUCAGUGUUAGAGAUGAUUAUUUUAGUGGAAUUUACAUGUCGGUGAAGAAAGCAAAUUCUUCCGAAUUUCAUUUUGCAUUUUCCAGACAUGGAAAAUGAUGAAUAGAUCAAAGAUUGCGAUCAAAAAUUGGCGUUUGCUGUUUGCAAUUCAAAAGGGUUACGCGAAGGAUGGUGCUUCUGGUGAUUUAAAAAUCACUGAAAAUUGUGUUAAUCGGCUGCGAGAAGUUGCUAGCAUCGGGGAACACUUGAGGAUAAUGGUUGAUGGUGGUGGCUGCUCCGGUUUUGAAUAUAAAAUGAGUAUAGACAACAAAAUCAAUGACAAUGAUCUUGUCUUCUGCAAAGAUCAUAUUAAGAUUGUUGUCGACGAGGUUUAUGUUUAUCUUGCUUGAAAGAUUUGCAAGAUGUUUGAAGGAAGAGAUCGCUACAGUUUUUGAAGGGUGCAACGGUGGAUUAUUUCGAAGACUUGAUGCGAUCAUCAUUUCGUAUCGUCGAUAAUCCAGUUGCCGAGAAGGGCUGUUCAUGCGGGUCAUCCUUUGCUAUCAAGAUGGAUUAGUUUUUUCACUGUGAAUAGAAGCUUCACUGUUUUAUUGUGUAUUUCUCUCUAAAUGUUUUAUUCUAAAUAAAUAGCUGUCGUGCA